UGUGUUCAUGUAUUUUCUGAUAACCAAAUUGAAUAACGACAAAUUUUUCAAAAGGGACUGUAUAAAUUGAAACACCGUUCAAAGAAAAACUUGUUUCCUCUUUUUUUUAGAUCGAGCUAGAUGACGACACAAAUUAGAAUAUUCUUCGUCAAUGGCCGUUAUGAGUAAACUCUCCAUAAGAGCUCGCAACGUAGAUUCAAACAAAAACCUUCCGAUUAUACGAGCUGAAGACUUACAAGACCUCGAAGAGUGCUCACUUUUACCCAAAAAUGUUACUUUAUUCUCCACCGGGAUGGAGAAAGAGGAGGAAGAGGAAACACAUUUACAAGAAGCCCUAUCGGCAUUGCAGUUCGGCCUCCGAUCGGAAAAAGAAGCAACGAAAUGUCGAGCUUCAUUCAUACCUAUUCCUGAGAGUAAUAUUGAUGUUGAAAACUAUCAUGAGUUGUAUUCAUCAGAAUUCGACUGCUCGAAGCAAUAUAUUCAUUUUAGAGAAAAACUUUCCGAUGAGGGAUUCCAUGAGUAUGAUGCCGACUCCGAAGAUGAAUCCUGGCUGUAUUCAACUUUUCUGGCACCCAAUGAUAGAAAACCCGCCUUGACUAAAAGCGAGUUCGAAGGAAUGAUGGAAAAAUUAGAGAAAAGCAGUGGGCAGCAGGUCACAACCGCAGUCGAUGCGAAAGCCCUUCUGAAAGGAGAAGACGAUAUCAUCAUGCAAGUUUAUGAUUACUGGCUCGCCAAGCGUUUGCGUUGGAGGCAAGCGCUUCUCCCAGUUGUCAAAGUUGACCGGAGGGAGCUCAUAGGAGAUCCUUAUGUCGCAUUCCGUCGACGCAUGGACCGAGUUCAAACGAGAAAGAACCGCAAAAAUGACGAAAUAUCCUACGAAAAGAUGUUGCGACUAAGGAAGGAUUUCCAUCGUGCGCUAGAGAUUAUUGAAUUAAUGAAGGAUCGCGAAAACUCGAAGCAUUCUUUGUUGCAUACAGAAAUAGACAUUAUCAAUCUCAGGCAAAAAUCAGACGAGUUUAAUAGCGUGUUGUAUCGCGAAGUUCUGCAGCUGGUGAAGAAUGAAAUGGAGAGCAGAGCCCAAGUGAAGACGAAGCAGCAGCUCAAACCAAUCAAUGGACUCAAACAUCAUGUAUCAGACUCAACUUCUCUGCCUGAGAGAAAGAGAAAAAAGACGCGGCGUGAUAGCGAAGUAAAUAAACCGAGAGAAAAGGUCAAAACAGAGUUGGCAGCGCCAAGUAAAGCUGAAGAAUCCGAAACAGUUAAAUUGAUUUCGAGACAGUUUCCAUUCAAACGUGACCCUGUAUUGUGCUACCAAGCCCCGUCGGGAGUGUUGGAUGCUACUUCAUUGCCAAACAUAGAACACCAAUACUCUUUGACAAAUAUCUCUACCGAAGAAACAAAUACAACACAAACAGAGAGCAUACAUCAGUUCAUUGACACCAACAGAAACAUUGGUUAUUGCCGGAGACGGAUAGGAAGGGGAGGUCGGAUUAUUUUUGACCGAAUCAGACCCUCUGUCGCCACAGACACAAGAAAAUCAGAUCCUUCGAAGAUCAAUGAGCUGAUGUCCUUUCCUGGUGAUACUCGCUGCUUGCCAAACGAAUUAUGGUCUCACUUCUUGGAUCACUCCUACUCACAAUUUGCAGAAGAGUAUCCCAUAGAUAUACCUGUUUAUUUGCCCACUGCUAAACGGCAUCAGAGUUUGCCACCAAGCUGUGAUGAGAAAGAUGGUGGUAGUUAUUCAACUACAGAAGUCUCGUCAUCCUUAUAUGCAUCGUCAACUUGCCUGGCAACAUACACCUGGUGUAAUCCAACCCUCGACACACAUACUAGCCAGCGAGUUGGCAAAGUUUCCAGCUCAGCUGAAAAGAAUGUUGGUGCUAUAAAGAAGGAAGCGCCAGAGAGCGUAGUUUUGCUACAACGUAAUAUAAAGAAAGAGAAGGGCUCAAAUCCUAACAUAUCAUAUCAGAACACACUAGCGAAUGGACAAAGCUCGAUAGGAACUUCUUCAAAUGGAGACGGCUCAAUGAAAAGUCUCUCUAGAUUUGGCGGGCUAUGCAAGGUGGAAGCUGGGUCUAUUGUAGUUCAAAGUCCGGAAAUGCCGAAAUCUCUCAGGGAAACCCACGCUCCUCUUUCGCAGAGACGGACAAUUACAGAUUCAGUAGUGCUCGGAAGGAGUCAAUUGUCAACUGUGGUAGGAGUUCCUUUCUCAUGUCCAAAUGAAGUAAAUGCGGCGUCGGUUUCACCAGGCGUUGCGUCCUACAACAGACGCGGAUCGAACACGGCUGCACUUCUUCUUAAUGGAGAAAAGGCAUUUGGACAGUCUAUACCAGGGCUGAUGAAUCAAAGUAGUAUUGGAUCUAGUUUAGGCUGUACAGUCAACAAUAACAAUAGGUCUGAGGUCACUCGAAUUCCCAAUGGGGGAAUAGAUCACGAGAUGGGAGGAAACUAUCUACUGGGAUCUCAAACGAAGCAAAACUGUGUAAUUGAUACUGUCGAUACCUAUGGACAGUCAUUGACAAAAGACGCGCCCAGAAAAAUAGGGUCUACGAUUCAGCAAAGCACUGUUUCGGCGGCAGUUGCAUCAGCACAACAACAUAGUGCUCUCGUUUCGUCACUUACCGGGAGCAUAAUUAGUUGAAAAUAGUCGAACUGUACAUCUUAGAAUUAAAUGCUAUACCUUGGCGAUGCUGUUUGUUAAAUCUAUUGUUAAAUGUUGAUCCCUCCUGUUACCAUAAUAGAAAAAAUGACCACUCAAUGCAGCGUGCGAUUGUAAUGAUGGAAUGAUUCGAAUACAUUUUUGAUUGAAAACAUAGCCUGCACAUGAAUGUCGAAAUGUAAAUGUCAUCAUUCAGCUCAGCUCAUUAUUCUCAUUCCUAACCAAUUUGAUUAAUGAUUCGAUUCGAAUACUGCUAAUUGUGCAAUAAGAUACAUUUCGUUUGGUUUGUAAACACUACACUUAAGAAGUACUUUAUGUAGGUCGUCGUUGUUGUUGUAAUAUCUCAUAAGCUACGAUUGAUCAGAGUUGCUAUUUUUCUAACUGCAAUUCAAUCUCCA